GUCAUCACAUUUAAACCCUCAUUGAUUGGUUUCAAUUGCCAGCAUUGCCGUAACGGUCGAAACAGGAAUUGGAGGGAUGCGUUAAUACCUGAUGUGCCGGCAUAAACUGACAGCCCGACUGUAAGUGCGUCGACUAAGCCCGAGAAAAAAGCAGGCUUCUCAUGAAACCCUUUCCAAUUUUGCUGUUUGUAUUGGGACUCGUUUACAGAAUCUGCUAUGGCUUAUAUUCUGAUUUUCAAGAAAUUAAAGAGUUGUCUGAAUCAAAAAAUACGCUAGAAUGGUUAAAGUCCAUAAGAAAUCGAAUACACAAAUACCCAGAGCUCCAAUAUGAGGAAGUAAACACUAGCGCAUUGAUCAGGGCCGAGCUGGACAAAAUUGGCGUCCAUUAUGAGUGGCCCAUUGCUCGAACAGGGGUGGUGGCGACAAUAGGCUCCGGGACUCGACCUGUGGUCGCCCUUCGAGCUGAUAUGGACGCCCUUCCCAUACAGGAGCUGGUUGAAUGGGAGCACAAGAGCAAAGUUGAAGGCAAAAUGCACGCGUGUGGUCACGACGCCCACGUGACCAUGCUUCUAGGGGCUGCCAAGCUGCUCCACCAGCGGAGGCACAAGCUCAAGGGCACUGUGAAACUUUUAUUCCAGCCAGCAGAAGAGGGUGGUGCAGGUGCUCUUCGUAUGAUUGAAGCUGGGGCGCUUGGAGAUGCAGAAGCUAUUUUUGGUCUACAUGUUUCACCAAGUUUGCCAGUAGGAAGUAUUGGUUCAAGAUCUGGGCCGAUGCUGGCAGCAUCGUGUGUUUUUGAAGCUAUUAUAGAAGGCAGUGGAGGGCAUGCUGCAGCUCCACACUUGGCUUCGGAUCCAGUGGUAGCAACAUCCUACGUUAUUUUGAGUUUACAACAGCUUGUUUCACGAGAGACUGAUCCUCUUGAUAGCCGGGUGAUAUCAAUAGGAUUUGUCAGUGCUGGAAAGGGGCUAAAUGUGAUUCCUAGCCAUGUAAAGUUGGGAGGUACAUUACGAAGUCUUACAAACGACGGACUUUCUAAUCUCAAGAAAAGAGUUAAAGAUGUUAUAGAAAAGCAGGUGUCCAUAUAUGGAUGUAGAACAUCUGUAGACUUUAAAGAAGAAGAAGAUCCACCAUGCCCUGCCAUAUACAAUGAUGAAAGUCUAUACAAUCAUGUUGAAAAGGUUGGAGCAGGUCUAUUUGGUCAAAUUAACGUAAAGCAGGGAGAGCAGGUAAUGGCAUCAGAAGAUUUUGCUUUCUAUUCACAAACCAUACCUGGCAUAAUGAUUUGGGUUGGCAUACAAAAUGAAAAGAUUGGUUCGUGUCCUUCACUUCAUUCUCCAUAUUUUUUCUUGGAUGAGGGAGUACUUGCUGUGGGAACUGCUUUACAUACCGCUCUUGCUGAAGUGUAUUUGAGUGAUCAGGACUCAAAGGAAAGCUCCAAAGCUUAGUGAGAUCUACGGUCAAGCACUGAGCAGCAGUUGUACCUAUUUGUUUAUCUGUUGUGAUAGCUUGAAGAUAAACAGAUCAGGAAAUAUUCUGCAGUUUAAAGUAAGAUUGGAUUAUGUAUAGGACUAUCAUGAAGUAUUUGGCAUGUUUUUCUAGUUUUUUAUGCAUCUUAUUGUAUAGAUAUUUAUUGGGCAGUAUGUAUCAUUAUUGUUACAAGUGCCAUUUUCUA